AGUUGGUGUGAGUCAAUAUGUUUUACAUCUGUUUAAUUUUUAUGGCUAUAUUUAGAACUUCCACGGGCACCAUGUCGUUGGAUCCGAGGACACUGCCUGUCGAAAAAAGACCACUGUACGUGCCACCACUGAAUGAACUGGUGGAUGUGCUAAAUAAAAGCCUUAAAAAUAAUUUCCAAGAAGUAAAAGUCGAAUUGGUGGAUUGCCCCGACCUAACAAAACAACCUUUUACACUAGCAUCAGAAGGUUUAAGUGGUAAUGAAACAUUGGUGGAAAUUGGUGGGCCCCCAUUUUUGGCCCCACUGGUCCAAAGAGACAAGGUUUACGACCUUAAAGACAUCGCAAAAUUGGUAGAUUCAGAGCCUGCCUUCAUUAUUGGAGCUGGAGCUGGUCCCCAUCCAUAUGUGGGAAAGAACUGCGAAGGAAUUUACAAUUUGAAAAUUGAAAAUGGGAAGGUAGACCAACAAACGAGGAUCUCCAAAACUGAUGACAAAGACGACAAGUCAAUCCAAGAGCAACUACCAAACAGUGAGAGUCGAGUUGCCCUUUUGGCCAACCUCUUCUUCAGUGAAGGAAAGCCGGGAAAGGUUUUAAAAGUAUACGCCAGAAAACGUAUUGGAAACGACGAUUUUAUCGCCAGUAUAAGAAAGAGUUUGAAAGAUGGCUUCAAAGACAGACUUGUGGGCUUGGGAGGUGCUUUUGUGAUGAAAACCGGAAAAGCCAAACAGCAUGUGAUGCCAGACUUCAGCAAAACUCCCCUAAAAAGUGACGAUGACAUAAAUAACUGGCUAAACUUUUACACCAUGUCCGCUCCUUUAAUAGCUCUUGGUACCCUCGUCAACGGAGAAGGUCCAAGUGAAGAAUUGGAUUUAAGAGUACAACACUUCCACAGUUUCAGCCACCACGGUGAAGCUGGUCAUUACCAUAUAGAUACAACACCUGACAUUGUUGAAUAUCUGGGAUAUUUUAAACCUGGACAAACCAUAUAUCGUAUCGACAAACCAGUGGAUUCCCAUAAAUUUGGAAGAGAUUAAUUUACUUCUAUGACUUGAUAUAGUACACUAUGUAGAUUGCAUUUUAACGUCCUUAUUGUAUAAGAAUUAUCGAAUAAAAUAAAACGUCAUAAACCAC